AUGGAUCAGAUCAAGCCCUCGAAGAACUUUACCCUAUCUCGGGAGAGCAUAAACGCCGCCUUGGAUGCCUUCCGUGCUGGGCGUUCGGUGGGCGAGGCUACUCAGGAGGUGGCUCAGGUCAUUUCCUCUAGGUCGGGGGACCGAUCUGCUGCCCCAGUUCGAGCCCCAUCUCAGGAGCCUAAGUCGAGCUCCAAAGGCCCACACUCGAGGGCUUCCAAGCCUUCUGGUCGCAGCAAGCCCCGGGCUGCUUCUCAACCUCCUGCGGCUUCCCAGUCCGGACAGUCUUCCGUUCUGACCUCAUCAGAGCUCGUCGUGACUAGGGAACAAUGUUGGGUUGUGCUGCCUAUAGGGGCCGAGGUUACUCCUGCUACCACGGAUGCUCCCCCAAAGAGUGCUAAGGCCGUCCCCGCCGAGGGUGUGGUGUCCGGGGAUGGAGGUGUAGUUGCCUUGGCGAGCGAGGUUGCUCCCGCCGUGGAGGACGAGGCAGGACCUACUGAUGGGGUCAUUUACAAAGGCGAGGCCAAGUCUGGAUCAGACCCUGCUGCUUCUCAUCCUCAGGAGGCUACUGCCGGUGAUGCUGUUACCCCUAGAGGGGUCGCUGGCAAGCGAGCCCUUCCAUCUGAUGCUCCUGUUGCAGCUCCUGCCCCCAAGAGGUCUCGGGCUUCCAGGCAGUGA